CAUUUGUUUAAGCUUGCAGUACUGAAGGAUCUUCCUUUAAUGACUGUCAUGAUUAUGACAAUUAUAAUGUAACAGGCUCAACUGAAAAAGAAACCACGUGUCAAGAUUUCACUGAAUUCAUCCCAUAAAUACACCACCACCCAACUACAUGACCUUCCACAUUCAUUCCGCAACCAUGGCUUCUCCUUCUCCUUCACUUCAAUGGCUGAGUUUGAUCGCCACUAUCUGGCUCCAGACCUUCAACGGACCCAACACUGACUUCCCGGUCUACUCGUCGGAGCUCAAGGACCUCAAGUCCAUCUCCCAAGUCGGCAUCAACUUCCUCGCCUUCGCCUCCGAUGCUGGGAAGCUCUUUGGCUGGUUCUCCGGCCUCGCUUCAGUCUACCUCCCUCCCUGGUCCGUCGCCGCAAUUGGGGCCGCCCUCGGUCUGCUCGGAUACGGCCUGCAGUUCCUCUUCCUCGACCACCCCAAGUUCUCCUACGCCCACAUCUUCCUGCUCACGGCGGUUGGCGGCAACGGCAUUUGCUGGAUCAACACGGCAUGCUACCUCGUGUGCAUCAAGAACUUCACCGCCGAUAGUCGCCGUGUCGUGGUCGGCCUCUCCACGAGCUACGUCGGCCUGAGUGCCAAGGUGUUCACUGUCAUGGCCGGCGCAAUGUUCCACCACAAGUCGCACCACAAGGCCAAGCACUACCUCCUCCUCAAUUCCGUCGCCCCUGUUCUAGUUGCUCUCGUCGUUGCACCGUUCAUGAGGUUCGUUCUUCCAGGAAAAAGUGUGUCGGCCAAUUCGAGUCUCGGAUUCAUAGCAAUGUUCGUAGUCACAUUUGCGACCGGCGUUUCCGCCAUAAUUGGCACCGUCAGAUCGACUUCCCAGGGCGCCUUCACCAGAGAGUACGCUCUGAGCCUCGGUAUUCUAUUAGCCUCGCCUUUGGCGGUGCCACUGGUCGUGAAACUGAAGGACGUCAUGGAAGAAACGCGCAGGAACAAGAAGGAGAAUAGAAUUCAUGAUCUCGACGACGUCGAAACAGGGGAGAGAGGCGAGGAACUGCAAGUGAAACAAGAGGACGACAUGGAAGCCCAUAACGUGGAAGAGGCAGAGGGACUUGGGGGAGUUCAAAUUCUUAGGGAGUUGAAUUUUUGGUUGUACUUUUUCAGCUACUUGUUCAGCGCAACUCUUGGCUUGGUCUUCCUCAACAACUUGGGUCAGAUCGCCGAGUCCCGUGGACUUCAACGAGAAGAGACCUCCACCUUGGUCUCCUUGUCCUCCUCCUUCGGAUUCUUCGGCCGUCUCUUUCCGUUUCUGCUCGACUACUACUCCUCCAAAAGAAGUUGCAUGAUUUCAAGACCCGCAUCCAUGGCAAUUCUCAUGGCCCCAAUGGCAGUAGCCUUCUUCGUCCUAUUCAACUCGAGUAGGCUGUCACUGUACAUGAGCACCGCCAUCAUCGGAGCAUUCACCGGCGCGAUCACUUCGAUCGCUGUCUCUGCGACCACCGAGCUGUUCGGGACCAAACACUUCAGCAUCAACCACAACAUCGUCGUCGCCAACAUUCCUCUGGGCUCCUUCGUGUUCGGGUACCUCGCGGCCCUUCUUUAUCAAAGAGGAGUCGAAGAAGGGAGCCAUAGUUGCAGGGGCACCGCUUGCUAUGGCAGAACCUUCGUCCUCUGGGGCGCCAUUUGCUCCGUGGGAUCACUUCUCUGCACAAUUUUGUACAUGAGAACUAGAAAAUUUGCUGAUAACUAAUAUCAAAUCAUACAUUAUACAUAUAUGAUCUUAACUUUAUCCUCAUAGAUUGCUCAUAUUAUUGCAAGCUUAAGAGAGUGAAUGACAGCCGACGCAAUCUUGCUCUUGAUUUUAACAUGAAGCAAAGUCAGUCAUCCAUGCAGUUACCGAAUACUGUUUCUGUAUUGUUCUACUCAGAUCUACAAUAAAUUAUGAAGCGGUUGUCUUGUUGA